UCUGGGAAAGGAUUCACUCGGUCAUCUGACCUGAUGGCACACCAGCGAGUUCAGACCGGGGAGCGGCCAUUCACUUGCUCGGACUGUGGGAUGAGUUUCACUCGGUCAUCCACCCUACAGAGACACCAGCGAGUUCACACUGGGGAGAAGCCAUUCACCUGCUCAGAAUGUGGGAAGGGAUUCAUCAAAUCUUCCACCCUACAGAGGCACCAGCGAGUUCACACUGGGGAGAAGUUGUUCACCUGCUCAGUCUAUGAGAAGGGAUUCAUCAAUUCUUCCACCCUGCAGAGGCACCAGUGUGUUCACACUGGAGAGAAGCCAUUCACCUGCUCCAUCUGUGGGAAGGGAUUCAAUUGGUCAUCUGACCUACAGAGACACCAGAAAGUUCACACUGGGGAGAAGCCUUUCACCUGCUCAGUCUGUGGGAAGGGAUUCAGUCAGUCAUUUCACCUGCGGAGUCAUCAGCGAGUUCACACUGGGGAGAAGCCAUUUUCCUGCUCAGAAUGUGGGAAGAGAUUCACUCGGUCAUCUGACCUAAUGGCUCACCAGCGAGUUCACACCGGGGAGCGGCCGUUUACCUGCUCGGACUGUGGGAAGGGAUUCACUCGGUCAUCUGACCUAAUGGCUCACCAGCGAGUUCACACCGGGGAGCGGCCGUUUACCUGCUCGGACUGUGGGAAGGGAUUCACUCGGUCAUCUGGCCUAAUGGCUCACCAGCGAGUUCAUACUGGGGAGCGGCCGUUUACCUGCUCAGACUGUGGGAAGGGAUUCACUUUGUCAUGGAAACUAGUGAUACACCAGCGAGUUCACACUGGGGAGAAGCCGUUCACCUGCUCAGUCUGUGGGAAGGGAUUCAAUCAGUCAUUUCACCUGCAGAGUCAUCAGCGAGUUCACACUGGGGAGAAGCCAUUCUCCUGCUCAGAAUGUGGGAAGAAGUUCACUUCGUCAUCUAACCUGCAGAGUCAUCAGCAUGUUCACACUGGUGAGAAACCGUUCACCUGCUCAGACUGUGGGAAGCGAUUCACUUUCUCAUCUAAGCUGAAGGUACAUCAGGUGGUUCACACUGGGGAGUGGCCAUUCACCUGCUCAGUCUGUGGGAAGGGAUUCACUCAGUCCUCCACCCUACAGAAACACCAGUCGGUUCACACAUUCUGAGCUAUUCACCUGCUCAGAAUGUGGGAAAGGAUUCAUUCAGUCAUCCCAACUACUGACACACCAGUCAGUUCACAAUGUUAUUAAUCCCUUGCUUUUGUUUGCUGUGGACAUUCAUUUUAAGAGAGAGAGGGAUUAAGAAGGCAAAUCAGUCUGGGUUGCAGCUUGUUUACAUCGCUCACAGCUUGUUUUGAUUUAACUGAGGACUCAGACACUCAGAGUCAGACGGAGAUGAAGGAGGAAAAGUGGAAGGAUCGAAACAAGGGAACUAGUGGCCAAGGGUCACUGUUUAGAGCUUUCCUAUGCCCACAAGGGUGGGUUAAGUAUCGAUUCACCAAACAUUGAAUGUGUGGUUGUCACCUUGUUUGAUCCAUAGGUGUGGAUCGGAUUUGGCGUAUCCUGUGAAGACCACUUAUGUGUUAACGCUUGGUGGGGUGUGGUGUGAUAAAUCACAUGAAGAUGAUACCCCUUAUGACAAGUCAAUUUCGGUGAUAAUUCAUAUGUGGAUUUGAAAUGACAACGGAUAAAAUCUGCAGUGACUGUUCUCUCGUUUUACCACAAUGAAACCUUUGGAAUUUGACGUAAUUGCUUUCUCUCGACAUUUACCCUGGAUUACAAAUAUCUUUCUCUCAUCACCUAUUCUGUGGAUGAACUUAACUUCCAUAUUUACCAUCUCAAGACUCUAAGCCUUGUUUCCCCUGAGCUCAAUAGUUUGGGAGUUAUAUUUACACACAUAUAUACACAUAACACUGUUAACUUUUGUUUAUCUUACUUAAUUUACUUUAUUAUAAGUAGAUACUAAUAAAGAUAAUGGAUUUAACAUCAGUACCAGAUGCCAGGAAUAAUCUAUUGCUGCUGGUUCAUUUCUAAAGCUUUUGUUUCUAAGUUUUUGUUCGUAACAAAAUUGGGGCCUGCGUCUGAGAUAUGAACAAAUUUGAGGGCGUGUUGAUUAAUUAAUUAUUGAUUUCAUUGGGGAAAUCCCUUUUGAUUUA